AUGCUCUCUGCCGGUGAACGCCCUCAACCACCGCACUCCUCCCCUCGGGUCGAUUCGCCUGCCGUGUCGGUCACCAAGGGGCACAGUAUGCCCGACUUUGACUCCAAACCGGGCUCCUCCUCGAACCCUUCGACCCUGAUCCACGAGACUCGCCCCAAACCAGCUCAUGUGCAACACAUUUGGGUGGUGACCGGGCCGGCGGGAUGUGGAAAGAGCACCGUCGGCAAUGGUCUGCGAAAAGAGUUGGGAGUGCCUUUCCUGGAAGGUGACGAUUAUCACCCCAAAUCCAACAAGGACAAGAUGGGGAACGGGAUUCCUCUCACCGACGAAGAUCGCUGGGACUGGCUGAUCUCCCUGCGCAAUGCCGCCAUUGAGGCGCUGUCCCCCUCCGAGAGCAACAACUUCCAUCCUCCCGCCGGUGUGGUGGUCGCCUGCUCGGCGCUGAAGCAGAAAUACCGCGACGUCAUGCGGGUGGCUGCCUACGGGUCACCGUCCGUGCAGAUCCACUUUGUCUACCUCAAGCUCAGCGAAGAGGUCCUCAUGCAACGUGUCAGCCAGCGCAAGUCUCACUACAUGAAAAGUGACAUGGUUCGAUCACAGAUGCAGACGCUGGAGGAGCCGCAACAAGAAUGGGACGCGAUCACGAUCAAUGUCGAGGGGCCCCCCGACGUUGUGCAGCAAGAAGUGAUUGACGCCGUGACGAAAAAGCUCUCAGAAUAUAUGUAA